UAAUUAACGGGGGUGUAUUCGAUUGGGAUUUUAAUGCAUUGUUUUUAGUCUAUGGAUUUUAAUGGAUUGUAUGGGAUUUUGAUUUUGUGCGGAUUCUUGAUGAAAUGUCGUAGAAUUGAUAGGAUUUAGGUACAAUGCUUCAAAAUCCCAUUGAAUUUGAUGGGAUUUCAAAAAACUUAAAAUACACUGAAGAAUGCCACAAAAUCCAUCAUUUUAUGAAAUGAAAAAAAAUCCAUCAGCAUUUGAAUACCAUCAGAUUUUAAUGGAUUUUAAACAAUCCCAAUUGAAUACCAUCGGAUUUUAAAGCAUAAUUUAAAAUCCCAAUUGAAUACCACCAGAUUUUGUGGCAUAAUUUAAAAUCCCAAUUGAAUACCUCAAGAUUUUAAUGGAUUUCAAACAAUCCCAAUCGAAUACCCUCGAAUUUCAUGAAUGCAAAAAAAUCCUUUAAAAUCCCAAUCCAAUACACCCCUCUAAAUCCUAAAUUAUAGCAAUCAUGUUAGUGGCACGCGGGUAAAGAAAAUUCGAAUUUUUGUUUGCUCUCCUCACACCGUAGAACCGUGAUCUGCUUUUCCCACCGCAUCAUUUUCCUUCUUCUCCGACCUGCGUUGUCGACGGACCCGACCCGGUAGUUAACCUCCUACAGAUAUGGCAGCGUUCUUUUUUCUCCUCUCUUUUCCAAACGUGCUUACUUCUCGGAUUAAACUACUCUCAUCACACCAUCAUUCUGUUUAGACACCGAUCCAUUGUCGAAGAUACUAAGCGCCAGAUUACCAAAUCCCGGUUCUGGUGAUCAUAUCUGUUUUACAAGCACACAACUUAAACACAAUAAUCAUCUUUGACAUAUCCUGAUAUUCAAGUUUUUGCACAACCUUGAAACUGGGAAAAAGAGAAGAUAUAAUAAAUUUGUGACAUUCUAAAAAACGAUGAAGGGGAUUGGGUCAUGGACGUGUGUUGAUGCUAAGGAUGCCGAAAAACAAGUCAGCAUAAAAAACGAUGAAGGGGAUCAGGUUUGACCGGGAACUCAAUGUUUUCAUUAAUAAAACUUUAUGUUCGGAAUCCUCUUCAGACUCCCAGUACGAAACCAAGAUAUAGGAUGGGAAGAUCUUUCAAAGUAUAAGUAUACACAUUAUCAAACUCAAACUAUCCACGCAUCUUGGAAAGUUUAGCAUUAACAAGAAGAAAAGGUGAGCGACGCUAUAUUAGUGUUAUUGUGCCAGAGCACAACCAGGUGGAUCAUUGUGUCUUGACAUAUAAGGCAGUGCUGGCAUGUGAAAGUUUGAUUCCUAACUUUCAAAAUUAAUUUCUACUUAUUAUAGUUCAUUCAUUGAAGCUUGCUUGAAGUAAGUAUUUGACCCCUUAUUAUAAUAUAAGCAAUCUUUUUGAUUAUGACAAAUACCACUUAUAUACCUUCAAGUUUGUUGUUUUCGUCAAGAUAAUGACCACGCUGAGAUGUCUAACAGUCUAAUGCUGGCGGAGCAAGCAUCAAAACGGGGAGCCAAAAUUUUGAUGCCAACUUUCAAUGAUGUUAGUGAAGAAUUUGCAAUGUGAAGAUGGUGUCUGUGUUAUGCUUACAGGGAGAGUUGAAGCUGGUGGCAGGGAGAUUGAGCGACCAUAAACCAACUGCAUUUUCCCAUACAAUGGCGAGGAUACUGCAGGUAUACUUGAAGUUUCAUGACUACUGCUCACCAGCAGUAGUAACCGGAAAAAACCAGCAGAUCACUCUACAUAGCUGCCGAACAGAAUUUCUUUUCCCAUUUGCAGAAAACCAGAAACUAGCACCAGAACAAUCCAGACAGACCUCCAGGAUCACAUGCACAAAGGAUCAUCACAGCAGGGUUCCAGAACAGGGCAGUCAAACUGUCCGGCCUGAAUACAAACACCAGAGUUUGUAAGCACUGAUCAGGCGUGCAGCUUGGUCUUGCUUCUCUACAUAGUAAGUGUGAUAACUAGGAACUGAAAGGCGGAUUCCUGAUGAAGAU